AUGUUCUCUUCGGCGCUUAAGUCGAUAUCAUCGACCAAUAUUACUGCGAACUACUCUAUCUCCUCGACACAAACCUCGUCUGCGGGCCCAUGGAAGAUUUACGACUGCAAAAAAAAGUCGACAGGAAAACCCUACAGCGUGUUCGUCUUCGACAAGAAAGCCCUCGAUAGCCAUGGCAACAGUCUCGGUCGAUCCGGCGCGUCCGCUUUAAAGCGUGCGACAGAAGAAGUCGUCGAGCGAUUGAAGAAGGAAGCCUCGAGCCUUGCGAAACUACGACAUCCGAGCAUCCUAGAACUCGUCGAGCCAGUAGAAGAAACUAGGGGAGGCGGUCUGCAGUUCGUUACAGAAGCCGUCACGGCCUCAUUGGCGAGCUUGUUGCAGGACAAGGAUGACCAGGAGCGAAGUGGUGGGGUUGGCGGGCGGUCGAGCCGAUAUGUCACUGAAGACUCGGACGGCGUGCGUCGCCGGCGCGAGUUAGAAAUCGAUGAGCUGGAAAUACAAAAGGGACUUCUCCAAAUCAGUAAAGCUCUGGAGUUUCUGCAUGAGAAUGCCGAGCUGGUUCAUGGGAAUCUCACUCCUGAUGCAAUUCUCGUGAAUUCCAAGUCUGACUGGAAAAUCAGCGGUCUUGCAUUCUGCGGCCCUUCUGAGGGCUCAAACAAGCCUACAUCAUUCCAGCCCAUAAGCCUCUCAGAAGUGCUUAACCCAGACCCCCGACUACCUCGGUUUGUUCAGAUGGACCUUGAUUAUACCUCUCCCGAUUUCGUUCUCGACAAUAACUUCACCACAUUUUCUGACAUGUUCUCGUUGGGCCUUUUGGCCGUGGCACUUUAUAACUCCCCACAUCGGUCGCCCCUGGAAUCCCAUGGCAGUCUGUCAACUUACAAGAGGAUAUUCAACUCUUCCUCAACUGUUCCGUCCAUCUCCAACGGAUUCUUGUCAUCUAGGCCGUUGCCAAAAGAGCUUUCUACACACGUUCUCCCGCGCCUCAUCACUCGUCGACCUGCUCAGCGUUUGACAGCUAAAGAGUUCCAAGAAAGCGAAUACUUCAAUAAUGUUCUUGUGUCAACCAUUCGUUUCCUCGACGCCUUUCCUGCAAAGACACCAAACGAAAAGGCCCAAUUCAUGCGGGGACUGGUUAGGGUUCUCCCAUCCUUCCCUAAGACGGUGAUGGAGAAGAAGUUGAUGCCGGCAUUGCUCGAAGAGAUGAAGGACAAGGACCUCAUUGCACUCAUCCUCCAGAAUGUCUUCACGAUUGUCGAUCUACUGCCAGCUGCGAGGCGGGUAUUUGCCGAGAAGGUACGGCCGAGUCUCAAGGAAACCUUCGCUCCGCCUCCGAAGAAGGAUCAGGCUCCCGAAAGAGACCCAACCAAAGAUGCCGGGUUGAUGGUUGUCCUCGAACACAUGUCAACUAUAUGCAACAACUGCAAUGGCAAGGAAUUCACAGACGACAUUUUGCCCGUGGUUUACGCGGCAAUUGAAGCUCCAACACCAGCUGUGGUUGACGCUGCUCUCAGGGGACUUCCCUCUAUUCUCCCAGUACUCGACUUUAGUACCAUCAAAAACGAGUUAUUUCCCGUCAUUGCGGCGGUCUUUAGCAAAACCAGCAGUCUUGCCAUCAAGGUGCGGGGUUGCCAAGCCUUCGUGGUGCUAUGUGGUGGAACACCAGAUGGGCAAGACGAUGGCCUCGACGCUUUUGGCGCAGCAAAGAAGAAGCCGUCUGCAUCCUCAAGUAUGUUGGACAAAUACACGAUGCAGGAAAAGAUCAUACCCUUGAUUAAAGCUAUCAAGACGAAAGAGCCAGCUGUUAUGAUGGCAGCUCUCAGCGUUCUGCAUGUCGUCGGUGAGGCUGCAGACGCUGACUUUGUGGCCAUGGACAUUCUGCCCAUUCUCUGGCACAUGAGUCUUGGGCCCUUGCUCAACUUGAAGCAAUUUCAAACCUUCAUGGACCUCAUUAAAAAACUGUCGAGAAGGGUGGAGGAUGAACAAACUAAGAAGUUGCAAGAACUAUCUGGCACCAACGGCAGCACGGCAGCUCCAAAUGAUGACUUUUUGGGCUUUGCGGGCGUUAGCGGAACCUCGUUUGACCAGUCCAACGGAGGAACGGCAGACGACUUUGAAAGCCUUGUCAAGGGUAAAACAGCACGAACAUCCACGUCGGAUGCAUUCUCUAGCUGGGACGAAGCGCCUGCUGCGGCCAAAGUGGCUUCGCCCUCCGGAACUCGAUCUGCAACCCCAAAGACUCCGGCGUUCUCAUGGUCAACUCCUCCUCCAACCCAAACAGCAGCAUCAGCAACAUCGCAAUUUGCACCGCCCAAACCACAACCCAGUUUCCGUACAGUAACCCCAGACUUGGGUAGUUUCCAAGCAAUGACUCCGAUAUCAACUCAGUUCUCUAAGCCUUUGCAACCAACGACUCAAGCAUCAGCACAACAGCAGACUCAUACAAGCUCUUCAAUCAAUUGGUCUACAGCGGCGACUCCAACUUCCAACUUGUGGUCAUCGUCAGCUGCAUCUACACCGGGCUUUUCAUCCAGUCAUUCCAUGUCGCCACCUCCAAGCGGAUCCGCUUUUGGUGGAUUGAAUUCAUCCAUGUCCAACAUGUCGCUUGGCGGGCAGCGGCCGGGCUUGUCGCAGCAGUCAUCUUCAUUUUCGUUGCCACCGCCGCCAGGCAACAACUCGAUGGGUUCAUCCGGCUCAUCCGGGUUUAGUUUACCACCGCCGCCCAGCCACACAACGAUGCAGUCAGGUAUGGGCGCAUACAACAAGCCUGCAACUAACACGGGAAUGGGCAUGAUGAGUCAACAACCGAUGAACAGCAUGGGCAGCAUGGGCAACAUGAACAGUAUGGCCUCACGACCUGGAAUGGCUAUGGGCAGUAUGGGAAUGGGGUCAGGUGGUAGCAUGAACAGCAUGAUGAACAACAAGAUGGGUAUGAACAGCAUGUCUGGUCUUCAGCAGUCGCAGCAGCAGUCACAACAACAAAAAGGUGGUUUAGAUAAGUACGAGAGUCUCAUUUAG